AUGGCAUUGCUCAGGGUGCUAAGCACAUUGGAUGACGAGCUGGAGGAUCGCCCCUGCUUCUUUCCCGCCAUCGCCCACCGCCCAUCUACUGAGGCCGGGAAGCGAGCGAGUAGUGCGAGCGACACCCUCGCCGUGGAUCAGCAUAGUCUGCGUUAUAUUUAUACACAUAGCUGCAAGGAGCAUCAAGUUCGUCCCAAUAAGCACAUCUUGCAACAGCUGCCACCUGUCGUGGGUAGGGAUUGGCCCAGGAAGGUGAAGGCGCUGGACUUCUCCCUCACCUAUGUUGGCCGCGACGGGUGCAGUGCACUCGUUCCUGUCGUUGCCUUCUGUUCCGCCAUGACACAUCUGGUAAUGCCUUCAAUUGGGCUAACAGAGGAGGCGGCGAGGCCGUUGCUCGCCGCUCUGCAAGUUCAUCCCACCGUGACGUGGAUAGACCUCUCUGGGAAUGAUCUGAAUGAUGAUGUUGGACGCUGUAUCUUGAACAUGGUACUGGCGAACAGCCGUAUUCGCUUUGUUUGCCUGAAUGAGACGGGCAUUAGUCCACCGUUGAUACGCAAAAUACAACACUACUUGAAACCCAGAGAUCGUAGUUUGCUUGAGAGGAAAUCCUCUUCUAGCAGUACACUAGAUUGGGAGAGACUUUCAUUUUCGGUCCAGUCUUCCUUAUCAGGAGCUACGAGUGGUCAUGAUGGAACGCGGGCGCAUCGACUCCCAGCAUCGGUUGCUGCCGGACUAGCCGAGCUGCGCCAUCGAUUAUACCGCAACCGUCACCGUCUUCAGUAUGUAUAUGAUUGUUUCAUUCUACCCAAAGGAAAUGCAGAAGGAAGUGACGACAGGGACGAUGAGGCCCUUGUGGACGUGAUGAGGGUAAAUGGCGAGUGGGACACGGUCUCUAUUUCGGCCAUGUACACAGGGCAUUGCUCGUGGAGGGCUUUUUUCCGCGGAUUGCGCGUCCUUGGCAUUCACGCGGUUUCUCGCUCACUCACUGAGAGCGUCGUGUUUGCAACUAUAUGCGGUAUAUGCAAUUUGGAGACCAUUUCCUUUGGGAAACUCUUGAGUUUCCUGCGGCCACAUGUCGGAUUCACCUUGUCACCCCCUCGCACCAAAGUUGGCUCUGGAUCUAUCUCAGCAUUUUGCUCAUCAGCCGCUUGUUCACCUUCGAGAUUCUCUUCUGAAUGCGGCGUCAGUCCGACCCAGUGUCGACAGGCGGAGGCCACUUCCGGCAUCCCUAACGCCGAUGCCUCCCUGUGCUCACACUCUUCAGCCAAGUCCAUUGGCGAAGGACGCAGCCGGACAUCCAUUGACCGCUCCGUUCUCACUCCUCUUUUUACGGACAGUCUACCACUUAUGUUGAAACCUCAAUCAAGUGUAUUGAUGUGGAGUAAGAGUGGCCGAUCGCUUUCUGGAUGUUCGUUAACGAGCAAUGCUGCAGGAGAUUCGGGCAUUAUGAGUUCUCUGGUAGUGACGAAGACAUUGGAGGAGCUGUUUAAACUUGAGUUGUUAUUACCCUCCCGCAAACUGCAGUACGCGGUGGAUCGACUCUAUGAUUCACGACGUACUCUUCGAGAGUCGUUUCAACCUGUAGAUGAACUUGGCGAGGCGAGGACAAAGCGCAUGGCUCGCCUGGACGAAGUGGUGGGGCGAGCAGUCUCCGUUGUGGGGGAGGCCUUCCGGGAUAGCGUCACGGCGUUACUGGGGCGCUGGUUGGGGCACACUGGUGUGGAUGCCCUGGUGAACGUGGAGGAGUUGCUUGACUCAAUGUAUAUUCCAGAGUCAACGGAAUCCCCAGCGGCACCACCGCUCCCCUUGUCAACGGAGAGGCGCAUGUGGAGGGGAGUAGAAGUAGAAACGCUUCAAAAUGCUCUCAGCGCAUGGUGA